AUGGGCCCCCCGGAAGCUGACCAUGCCUGCUGGGGCCCCCCAAGAGGGGCCCCCACCGGCGAGGACACCCUUGGAUCAGGCUUUUCUGAAUACCCCCUGGAUGCCUCGAUGGGUCAGAACGCAGAGGCUCGUGGCGACGUCGCUCAUGGCUCCGACGCAGAGGGCGCAUGCUGCUGCGCCGCCUCUGUUGCUGCUGCCCCAGCUGCAAGGCGGGAACCAACUGCAGCAGCAGCUGCUGCAGCAGCAACAGCAAAAGCAGCAGCAGCUGCUGCUGCUCCAGCAGCCGCUACUGCAGCAGCAGUCCUCGACCGACGUCGACAAGGAGCUGCAGCUGCUCGACGAGAUUCACAGACAACUCCAAAUGCUAGAAGUUGCAGAGUCAACCACUGCCAAUUCGCUCCCCCAACAGCAGGAACAACCGCAACACACGCAGGGGCUGCAGCUCAACAGCGUCUGUUGGAGCAGCAGUUAAAGGAGUUGCAGGAGCAACAGCAGAUGUUGCAACAGCAGCAGCAGCCGCCGCCGCAGUACGAAGUGCAACAGCAACAAGUGCAGCAACAACAACAAGCACUGCAGCAACAGCAUCAAGAAGCACUGCAGCAACAGCAACAACAAGAAGCACUGCAGCAACAGCACCAAGGGCAGCAACAA